GUAUUCACGCCAAUAGGCACACGGGUAAGUAUUGCCCUCUUUUCAUGGAACAUAUGGAUGAACGUGGAUAUAUUCAUGGCACCCAAAGACAUAGGAAACGUAUAUGGUCUAUGCGGACGUGUUGAUGGAAACAAGUCUAAUGAUUUGACUCAUAGAAACACCAACGUUGAAUCACCGCUAGGAAGAAAAACAUUCAAUUACCAUCCAGAAUUUAGUGAAUCUUGGAGGAUUGACGAAAAUGCUGAUGAAAACCUUUUCCGCCCAGGUCUUAGAUUAUUAACACCUUGGGUUCGACAGAAUGGUUUGUAUUGUGUAUGUAAUAGUACCACAAGAAUUAACGAGGCUUUAUGUUCACCGACUCAGUAUCUUGAUUGUACAAAAUCAGGAUCUAUAACAAAAACGAAAUGCCACAUCAAGGAUCGACGGAAAAGAGAAGUUGGGAAUCAUUCAAGUAAAGAAAUGCAGCGAAUUUUGUCCAAAAUCGCAGGUCAAUUAAGUACUCGGAAACGGCGUGAAGAUGUUCCAGAGAUAGCGAUAACAGAAGAAGCCAAAAGUAUCUGUAGCAAGAAAAUUUCUGGUAUACAAGCCUUUAACGACUUUACAGAUAUAGGCUCCAAUGACGAUGAAAACACUGUCAUACAACAAUGUGAAUUUGACCUCUCGGUUGUUAAGGACAACUCCUGGGCUGAUGUUCAUGUCGAAGCUGUAAAUGGUGGGGUUAAAAACAUGUUAGACCUUCAACCAACAGUCGUUGAGAACAAUUCAGAAAAAGUGGAAAACUUCUAUGAGAAUACAUGUCCAAUGAAUUGCAGUGGCCAGGGUAAAUGCGUAGAAUCGGGGAUCUGUUCUUGUUUUACGUACUACAAGGGACCUGACUGUUCUAUAGACGAACGUGAUGGUCUCACUAUUUUGGACAUAGAAGGAGGGGGAGAAUGUGAUCUUGCAGACGGCGAAGAGUGUAAAUGUUUCUAUGUUCGGUCUGAGAACAUUCAAGAAAACUUCACUUGUAAUGUCAACACAUCAAAGAUCUCGAAGAAUGGAGCUGUUGAGUUUGUCUCCUCAAGUACGUCCAUUGGUGGCUUUGAGGAUAUUUUCACAGGUAUAUGCUGUGCCCCGAAAAGUAUAAUUGGGAGUGACGAUGUAUUUGUUGCACAAUACACGGUUUCAAUUAGCAACAAUGGUAUUCACUUUGGAAACGAAGAAAGUGUUUACGUCUUCGAUUCUGUGUGUCAGAGCAUCUCUACAAGUGAAUCUGGAAGUAAAUCAUUCAGUCUAAAGGACGACCAUUGCUUCGUUGAUGGCUAUUGCUACUCAGACAACGAUAUGGCACCGGCCGGUUGUCGUGCAUGUCAAUCUUCAAAAGCGCUUUACGAUUGGACAGCUUUUGAUCCUUGUCAAAAUGGAGGGAAUUGUUCCGACGAAACGAUUGGUUAUUCCUGCAUUUGUAUGCCAGGUUACAAUGGCCUCAACUGCGAAUAUGAAAUCGACGAAUGUUUAUCGACGCCAUGCAAGAAUGGUGGUGUUUGCAGCGACCUUUUAAAUGCAUAUUCGUGCAAAUGCUUAGAUGGAUUUUCCGGCAAAGACUGCCAAACUGACAUAGAUGAAUGCUCUUCAAAUCCAUGUAGAAAUGGCGCUUCAUGUAUAAAUGACAUCAACAUGUAUCAGUGCAACUGCACUGAUGGUUAUGAAGGAACAUAUUGCGAACAAAAUAUCAACGAAUGUGCAUCGGAUCCAUGUCAAAAUGGCGGAACUUGUAUAGACCUGAUCGCAAACUUUAAAUGCGAAUGUAUGGAUGGAUACGAAGGGAUAACAUGCAGUAUUGAACUCGAUGAAUGCAUCUCGAAUCCUUGUAAAAAUGAUGGCGUAUGUCAUGAUGUUGUCAACGGAUUUCAAUGCGCAUGCACACUCGGGUAUACGGGUAACAACUGCGAAAUAGAUCAAUGUUUUUCUGAACCAUGUAAAAAUGGAGGAACUUGUGUAAUCAGGGACAACAUCUACUCGUGCACAUGUGCUUCAGGGUAUGAGGGACAUAAUUGUGACAAAGAUGUAAACGAAUGCCAAAGCAACCCUUGUAAAAAUGGAGGUACAUGUAAAGAUUUGGUCAAUGGUUUCGAAUGCUCAUGUGCCCAAGGCUUUAAUGGAGUUCUAUGUAAUUAUGAAAUCAAUGAGUGUUUAUCGAAACCAUGUCAGAAUGGCGGUGUUUGUGCUGACCUGUUGAAUGCAUAUUCGUGUGAAUGCCCUGCUGGAUUUUCCGGUGAAAACUGUGAAAAUGAUAUAGAUGAGUGCUCUUCAAUUCCAUGUAGAAACGGCGCAACAUGUAUUAAUGGCAUCAACAUGUAUCAGUGUACUUGCUCUGCAGGGUUUGAAGGAGAAUAUUGUGAAGAAAAUAUCAACGAAUGUGCUUCGGAUCCAUGUCAGAAUGGCGGAACUUGUAAUGAUCUUGUCGCAAACUUCAAAUGUGAAUGUGUUGCUGGAUUUGAAGGAAACACUUGUAGUAAAGAAAUCAAUGAAUGCAACUCAAAUCCUUGCACAAACGGCGGCACAUGUAAUGAUGUAGUCAACGGAUUUCAAUGUGUUUGUGCCAACGGAUACACGGGAAGCAACUGUGAAAUUGAUAUAAACGAAUGCCAAAGUAACCCAUGCAAAUAUGGAGGAACGUGCAAGGAUUUAGUCAAUAGUUUCGAAUGUGCUUGUUUUCAAGGUUAUGACGGAACUACGUGUAAAAAUGAAAUCGAUGAAUGUUUAUCAACACCGUGCCAGAAUGGUGGUGUUUGCUCUGACCUGCUGAAUGACUAUUCUUGUAAAUGCCCAGAUGGAUUUUCUGGCAAAGACUGCCAAACUGACAUAGAUGAAUGCUCAUCCAAUCCAUGUAGAAAUGGCGCAUCGUGUAUAAAUGACGUCAACAUGUAUCGAUGUAACUGCUCCGAUGGUUAUGAAGGGACACAUUGUGAACAAAAUAUCGACGAAUGUGCAUCUGAUCCCUGUGCAAAUGGCGGAACAUGUACAGAUUUGGUGGCAAACUUCGAAUGCGAAUGUGUCAAUGGAUUUAAAGGAAAAACUUGCAGCAUUGAAAUCAAGGAAUGCCUUUCAAACCCUUGCAAAAACGGCGGUACAUGUAAUGAUGUAGUCGGAGGAUUUAGAUGUACUUGCGCCGACGGGUACAUGGGGAACAACUGCGAAAUUGAUGUAAACGAAUGUCAAAGCAGCCCUUGUAAAAAUGGAGGAACAUGUACGGAUUUUAUAAAUAGUUUUGAAUGUGUUUGUGUUCAAGGAUAUGGCGGAGCACUGUGUAAUAUAGAAAUCGAUGAGUGCCUAUCGGCGCCAUGCCAGAAUGGUGGUGUUUGCAAGGAUAUGUUGAAUGCAUAUUUGUGUAAAUGCCCUGGUGGAUUUUCCGGUAAAAACUGUCAAACUGAAGUCAAUGAAUGCAACUCAAAUCCUUGUAAAAAUGGUGCUACCUGUCUUGAUGAAGUUAACGGAUACAACUGCACAUGCGCCGAUGGACAUACAGGAAGCAAUUGCGAAAUUGAUGCAUGUUCUGCCGAUCCAUGUAAGAAUAGAGGCACUUGCGUAUUAGACGAAAAAAACUACACAUGCUUGUGUGCUGUUGGAUAUGAUGGACACAAUUGUGAAAACGAUAUUAACGAAUGUAGCACCAUUCCAUGCAAAAAUGGGGCCACAUGCAAAGAUGAUGUCAACGGAUUUCAAUGUGCAUGCGCCGACGGAUAUACGGGAACCAACUGUGAAAUAGAUAUCAAUGAAUGCAAUAGUUAUCCAUGCAAACAUGGCGGGUCAUGUAAGGAUUCAGUCAAUGGUUACAAAUGUCAUUGUGCUCCCGGAUAUAACGGCGCUACUUGUGAUAACGUUGUCAAAUCAACUUCUGAAUCACCCGUCACAGAUAUUGUUCGAAAACAGUUUUUAAUCGUAUUUGAAGUGAGGUCAGCAGUAAAUCUUACAGCUCCUACAUUCAAAGAAGAUAUUAAACAUCAGCUGAGUCAAAUCUAUAAGAGUGCUAUGGGAGACAAAUUUCAAAAGGUAGACAUACUGGAUGUAAGGCAAGGAAGUAUUAUUGUUGAUUUCGAAGUGAGCUAUUUUAAUGACUUAUCAUCUGUCAAUGAUUUGACUGAAGCAAAUCUAAAUCUAUUGAGGGGAGAAAAGAUAAUCAGAGUAUUUAACGAGACCGUUAAAGCAACAUCUGUAUCAACUGGGAACGUCACCGUUACGAAUGCAACACUGCAAGACAAUAAAAAUAUGUGUGCGUUUUUCACAGUCUUAAAUGGAAAAUGCGAAGCAAGUCUCAGAUGCUUUAUUACGGAAGGAAGACCUGCAUGUGUGUCAGAUCCCAACGACGAAGAUGACAAUGAUGACCUGACUCUGGUAAUCGUGGCUGUUGUUUGCUCUGUAGUAGUUCUCGUCAUAAUUGUUGUGGCAACUGUAUGUAUAGCUUAUCAUAUUAUACACAAAAGAAAAAAGCUACGCAAGACAAAAGGCAAAUUCUCCGUGAGAAAAGAGGAGAAAGAGAAAAGUAAAAGUCCGAAACAUAUUGGAUUUUAUGAAAGCAGUUUUAUGAAUGGAUCGUUUAAAUCGGUGUCAGAUUUUCUGGAGUACAACAAUACCGCUUUGCCAGACGAACACACAGAUUGACAAUACACAGCUGAAAUGUAAACUCAACAACAGUCUGAGGAAAUAGAGAUGCAAUCGUGCAAAACAACAUAAACUUCUGUGGUGUAAUGUAAAUCAAGUAUAUAUAUGACCAAUAAACAGAUAAAUGUAUUUUGAAUAUGUUGACUGAUAUGCAAUUGUUUUUUGCAGCAAAGAAAUACUAUAUAAUGAAAAAAUCAUUAGAAACCUCGAACAUUUUCGAUUUUUUUAAAUCUUUUUGAUUAACAUGCUGCAUUGAAGGCGAUUAUGCCUCAGAAAUUCAUGUUGUCAUAGCAUGUCAAGUGUUAAAGAACUGUCCUUAUUAGUCGUAAAAUGUAAACAAAGUACUUUGACUUCCACACAAAACACUAACUUACUAUUAUUUAACGAAUUGCCCACAGCUCCCAUGAAGCAAAAGUUCAUAUGGAAAGUGAGACAAGUUUGGAAACUGCAACAAGACCAAAAAUAAACAUGUCUGAAAAAAUGAUAGCAUUUCUGUGGUAUAAUUGGCCUUUAAUCAUACUGUAAAUAGAUGAUGUUAUUUAACAUGUAAACGAUGUAAAUAAUUAUGUAUUGGCCUUUAAUCAUACUGUAAAUAGAUGAUGUUAUCAAACAUGGAAAAAAUGUAUAUAAUAAUUCAUUUGUAUAUUUGUACGACGAGAUGUUGGUGCAAGUGGACGAAUCACAGAAGUAAUUAUGAGCUAUCGAUUUAUGUGUUAUGUGUACCAUUGCUUGUACAUGGAACGAGAAUUUAACAAUUUUGUAUAAGAUCAAUUUAUGGUAUUAACACGGUAAAAUGAUACAAAUUUUAUUUAGAUAAUUUUGAAAAUAUAUAUGUUUUUAUAUCAAUACUAAUAUUAAUACAUUGUAUGUACUAAUU